AACCUCGCUUGUCGUGUCUGUGCGACCGCCAUUUUCAACUGAAAACAACAGAAUUUGAAAGAAAGCGAAGUGGCUGUCAAGUGGUUGCAGAAAUUGUUUCUUCUUCUUUUUAGCAGUCAGCUUCGAAGAUAAUCAAGGAAAUGCCGGUUAAGCAAAUAUGCUACUCUGACAAGUACUCAGACGAUCACUACGAAUACAGGCAUGUGAUUCUUCCCAAAGAUUUAGCAGAACUAGUUCCCAGGACCCACUUGAUGACAGAAAGUGAGUGGCGUAACCUUGGGGUACAACAGUCUCCAGGCUGGACUCACUAUUUGAUUCAUGAACCUGAGCCACAUGUGUUGUUGUUUAGAAGACCUGCAAGCCAGCAUCAUUGACACAUUGCUUGGCGGUUUUAUUUUUGAGAUGAUUAUGUACAGAUGAACCAAGAGAAGCAUGUGGUGAUGGUUCACGCGUGGAUUAAUACUUGUGAAACCAAAUUUGCCAAGAAAUUUUACAAUGAAGAUUAUCUUUGUCAUUUCCCAGACAGUGGAUACAUGUGUGCUUAAGCUGUUAGUUUAAGGCUCAAAAUACAGAUACUCCCUACAGUUUUCAGCAAGUUUUGUUCAACUUAGUUAGGAGAAAUUGAAUGAUUCACUGUUAGGGAACUUCUUUACAUGGAACAUUAUCAUUGUCAAUAAUUCAUUUCCCCAGAAUCUGCUUUGAACACGAAGUUCAUAAGAAAUUAGCUUUCAGGCAAUUCUUGAAAGACCUUUGACAUGCACCAAAAAGGGGAUUAAACAUUGCAAACAUUACAAAACAAGCGCAGUUCAAAUAUCAAAAUAAAGUGCUUUAUUGCUUUUAUUAAAAAAUAACCAGUAAUUUUAUGAUUGAGGAUUAUCGUAAUUAUUUCAAUCUUUGGACUGAUUCCUGUGGUAAUUUUCUGGAUUGCAAGUCAUGUUUGGGUGUCCUGUGGACCGCCAUACUUCUCUCAGUGCCACAUUGCUCCAGCUGCAUCUCUCUGAUUCCUGGAAAACAGAAAAGGACAGUAAAGUUUAUUACAGUCCAUCAAAUAUUUUUCGCAGAUGCGAUUGGUUUAAAUACUUCAUGUGGUGAAGACAAAGUUAAAAAUGGAGUGAGAGUUUUCAUUGUUCAAAACUAACAAUAUAGUAGGUUAGGUUCAUUUGACUUCGAAAAUAAGCCAGGGUUUCAGGCGUUUUGUAAACUCUUAGCUUUUCCAACCAAAUUUCUGCAUGAAUUUUCGUGCCAAAUGGUGGUCAUCAGAAAACUUGAGGAUGAUGUUUGCGAAAAUUAAACUUUUGUCGUCUUUCUUUCA